AUCAACUUAAAAUUAUUUGAAAAUAUGUCAAUUAGCGCUCUUAUUGAAAAAACAGAAGAUUCAUCCAUGUCAACUUUAGUCGUUGAUAAAGAUGACUGGAAGUGGCCUAUCAAUAUUGUUCCUUUCGUUGUCAUAUAUCCACGCAAUGGUAAACCGUACGUUGAAGUGAGUUCUCUGAAAUUGAUGAAAAUCUUACAUGAUAUCCUUCCGAAUAAAAAGCCAUUUGACGAAGUUGACGAUGAUAAACCCAAAGUAUCGAUAAAAGCUCAAGAAUUAUUUCAUGUGAUGGAAACAUUGAAAGAUAUUACCAAAAAUAUGACUGAUCUGGAGAGCGUUGUCCACCUAAAACGUCUGGUUCGGUUCCUUGAACAAGAAUUUAAACAAACUAUAAAAGCUCGUGAAAUAAUGAUUGCGCAUAAAAAAGUUUCGUAUGAUAUGUUAUGGGUGUUCUAUACGCAAAAAUUGGAAAUCGGAGGUAUCAUUUCCUCAGUAGAAGAGAAAGUAUUAUGUAAUGGCAAAAAAAUAUUUAUGAUACAUAUUAAUGUGAUCAAAUAUGAUGGCGUUGGAUUUAAACGUUGCCAAAUCCAGCGCAUUAUUGAAUAUUUCAAUGGUGAUGUGAGCUUCUCUGAUUUGCCUGUUGUUCCAAUUAAGCUUUCGACUGCCGAAGUGUUCCUCAAGGAUAAUAUAAUUACAAAUGGUAAACAAUUCUUUAAGCUUGCCCAAGGAAACAACUAUAUGAAUUAUGAAGGCCCGUUAUUGCGCGUGCGAAAUAAACGUAUAGAGAAAAUUAGAGCUGACGGUCGUAUCAUGAUUGAUAUUCAAAGUUUUUCAACUAUGAAUCCCGAUUAUCCAAUGGGCGAUGACAAACCGCCAAAUAAAUGUGAUAUUAAAAUGUUUAAUGAAAAGGAUUCUUAUCUCAAACCUGAUGAACUUGAUAAAGACGAUAGUUAUUUCCUCGCCCCUGCUGUUGUAUAUGGAUUUAGUUUUACUGUGAAAGAAUGGGGCUUGUUCGAAGUCUCCAAAUUUUCGGAUAUUGCUUUUGACUCUGAUGCUCUAGAUCAUAUUGUAAUGCCUCAAAAUAAAAAAAAUAUGCUUGAAGGGUUAGUAAGUCAAUAUCGUGAUCCAGCCCACACGAUUAAUGGACUUGUAAAUGGUGUAAAUGGUGUAAAUGGUAUAAAUAUGCCGGAGAAAUCUUUAGAUCCCAUUACCAAUAAGGGUAAUGGAUGCAUUUUCUUAUGUUAUGGUCCACCUGGUACCGGAAAAACUUUGACAGCUCAAAGUGUAGCAGAGUAUCUAAAUAUACCAUUAUGGAUACUCACAGUACGCGAACUUGGAUCAACUCCUGAAUCACUAGAAAGAGAGUUAGCCAAGGUUCUAGAUAUUGCUUAUACAUGGAAGGCUGUCAUUUUACUCGAUGAAGCCGAUAUUUAUCUCGAAAAACGUAACACAAUUGAUCUGGUUCGUAAUACAAUGGUUGGAAUAUUUUUGCGUUUGCUAGAGUACUAUCAAGGUGUCAUUUUCUUAACAACAAAUCGGGUUAUUACCUUUGACGAUGCAGUAUGUUCGCGAGUUAACAUGUUUAUCCAUUAUCCCAAACUCGAUCCAAAUGGUAGACGUCAAAUUUGGUCCAAGUUUAUCAAGCGUGCUGAUCUGCCUCUCAAAGCUGAUGAUUUUACUAAUUACGACUUGAAUGGUCGUGAGAUCCGUAAUGUUCUACACGCUGCACGAUUGUUGGCCAAGAAUAAAGGUAAAUCAUUGUCUGCAGAAAACGUAAUUGAUGUUAUUAGUAUUGUUCAAGAAUUUAAACAAGAAACUAGUAAAAUGAGUAAAGAUGAUUAUUGA